CGAUCAAAUUUCCGUCUGAAAAUUAUAUAAUACGAGUCCAGCGGCCAUUUUCUCUCGCUCAGUCGUCCUUCUUCCACUUCCUUGCACCAUACCCGCCAUUACAGAGCCUCCUUCCACUUGCCAUUACAGAGCAUUGCGCCAGAGCCAGAUGCUUCUGAGUCAACAUCGCUGCUCGCACUUACGCCUUUCCUCACUUCCUCGAUCCUAUCGGAACAUUCAGUCUUCUACUUCCAGCAGAACGUUUUCAUGUCACUUCUCGUGGGUCGACCAUUCGAAUUUUAAUGCACGCCCUCUCAUGGUUAGUGGAGGGUCAUGGGAGGCCCGUUCUCAAAGGAAACAAGACUGGGUACAUAUUGCAAUGUGCAAAUGCAGUUCAAGUGAUUUCAAUGCCAGUGUUUGUAGAGCUAACUCGAAUAUUUUCACUCAGGGUUUUCAAGCUAAAGUUAUGAUUAAAGUUAUAUUUGGAUGUUGCCUCGUCAGCUUGACACAAGUUAAUUCUGUCAAAUCUAUAGCCGAAACUGUCCAAGAGAUAUUUUCAUGUAUUGUUCAAAACGUUGGAGCAUCUGGCUUGCCAUUUGCAUGUGCAUCUAAUUGCUUGAAGAAACCCACACCUCUCCAGUUGGAUGUAUACUUGCCUGCAUUUCAAGAUAUUAGAUGGAAUUUUGCACGGCUGAUAUACCUAUUCAACAUCCAACUCGAGAGAAAUGUUGGCACGUUCUUAGUGGUGCUUCUUGUGGCAUGCAUCUCAUUUAUUUUGAUCGGUGGUUUCCUGUUUUUCAAGCUCAGAGGUAGCACACAGUCUCUGGAGGACUGCUUAUGGGAAGCAUGGGCAUGUCUAUGUUCGUCAUCCACUCACUUGAAACAAACAACACGAGUCGAACGUGUUAUAGGCUUCAUUCUUGCCAUAUGGGGCAUAUUAUUCUACUCUCGUCUACUCAGCACAAUGACAGAACAGUUUAGGCAUAACAUGCAAAGGCUGAGGGAAGGUGCACAAGUUCAAGUUUUGGAGUCUGAUCACAUCAUCAUUUGUGGUGUCAAUAGUCAUUUGGCAUUUAUAUUGAAGCAGAUAAAUAAGUAUCAUGAAUUUGCUGUCCGCUUAGGUACUGCAUCUGCUAGGAGACAGAGAAUUCUUCUCAUGUCUGAUCUUCCGAGGAAACAAAUGGACAAGUUAGCUGAUAAUAUUGCAAAAGAUCUUUACCACAUCGAUGUUCUUACAAAGAGUUGUAGUCUCAGCUUAACAAAAUCAUUUGAAAGAGCUGCUGCCAGUAUGGCACGUGCAGUAAUUAUACUACCAACAAAGGGAGAUCGGUAUGAAGUUGAUACAGAUGCAUUUCUCUCUGUUCUUGCCCUUCAACCCAUUCCGAAUAUGGAGUCCAUCCCAACUAUUGUUGAGGUUUCUAGUUCCAAUACAUGUGCGCUCUUGAAGUCAGUCACAGGACUGAAAGUAGAGCCGGUGGAGAAUGUUGCCUCUAAAUUAUUUGUUCAGUGUUCUCGGCAAAAGGGGCUCAUAAAAAUUUAUAGGCACUUGCUGAACUAUCAAAAAAACGUCUUUAAUCUAUUCAGUUCCCCCAAUUUUGUUGGUCUAAAUUAUAAAGAAAUACGCCAAGGAUUUCAUGAGGCAGUUGUUUGUGGUAUCUAUAGGAGUGGGAAGAUACACUUCCAUCCAAAUGAUGAUGAGAUUCUGCGGCAAAAUGACAAGGUUCUGUUCAUUGCACCUUUACUUGGAGGACAUAAGGGAGGGGGUGGCUAUUCAAAUGUGACUAAAGAAGGAAGUAAUACCAUUAAAAAGCUGGAAAGCAUUAAAAACAGUAAUGCAGGUUUACAUCAAUCUCUGGAAACAGAUAGAAAGCGAUUUGAGAAUAUCAUUAAACAUCCAACAAAACCUUUUUUCAAGGCCUCAAAAAAGGCUGUAGGACCAAAAGAAUGCAUACUUUUGCUUGGUUGGCGCCCAGAUGUUGUAGAUAUGAUUGAAGAAUAUGAUAACUAUCUUGGACCUGGUAGUGUAUUGGAAAUUUUGUCGGAUGCAUCAUUCGAUGAAAGAAAAAGGGCUAAUAAAGCUGCAGACCGGAAUAAAUUCAAAAAUGUCAGAGUUUCUCACAGGAUAGGAAACCCCAUGGACUAUGAUACCUUAGAAGAAACCAUACUAAAUAUUAAGAGUUCUUUCAAUAAAGAUGAAGAUGUUCCUUUAUCCAUUGCGGUGAUAUCUGACAGAGAAUGGCUUCUUGGUGAUCCAUCUAGGGCAGACAAACACUCAGUAUAUACUCUUCUCCUUGCUGAAAGUAUCUGCGAGAAACAUGGAGUUAAGGUGCAAAAUCUUGUUGCAGAGAUUGUUGACUCCAAAUUGGGAAAACAAAUAACAAGAAUAAAACCUUCCCUAACGUACAUAGCAGCAGAGGAAAUAAUGAGUCUUGUCACAGCUCAAGUGGCAGAGGAUAGUGAACUGAAUGAGGUGUGGAAAGAUAUUUUAAAUGCCGAGGGUGAUGAAAUAUAUGUGAAGGAUAUUAGUGGCUACAUGAAACAAGGGGAGGAUCUCUCAUUUUCAGAACUAGCCGAAAGAGCACAUCUAAAGCAAGAAGUUGCCAUUGGCUAUGUUAAAAGCAAUAGGAAGGUUAUCAAUCCAAUUCCCAAAUCCGAACCGCUUUCUCUUGAAUUGACAGAUUCAUUGAUCGUUAUAUCAGAACGUGAAUAACAACAAACUUUCUGCCAGUUAUGAAAAAUAUAUUCCCCUUCCAUUUCUUUUGUUCUGUUCUGUUCGUAUAUUCAAUGCAACACAUUGUUUUUUUUUAUCCCUUAGAAAUAUAGAGCACAAAGGUACCUCACAAAUUUGUCACAAUAUUAUGAAUGAUCUCUUUACAGAUGAAUUGCAAUGUUUCAAAGAUUGAAUCAUUGUGUAUAGUUCUUUUUCAAGAACAUACUCCUUUUUU